CACAAAGGCGCCAGCAUCCGACUGCGAGCUCGCGAGUUAACAGCUUACGUUGCGUGACAGCGGUGGCGUCACCUCCUCCUCCUCCUCCUCCUCCGCAGACCCGAUGCCGGAGCCGGAGCCGGUCCGUUUGGGUCGGAAACGCGCACUGCCCUCGUGCCCGAACCCGCUGUUCGUCGAGUGGCUCACGGAGCUCCGGGACGAGGCGAGAGAGAAGGGGCUGAAGAUCCAGUACACGUACCAGAAGGCCAUCAGCUCUUUGAAUAAGUACCCGUUACCGCUUCAAAACGCCAAAGAGGCAAAGAUCCUCCAGAACUUUGGAGACGGCAUCUGUAAAAUACUGGACGGGAAACUGCGACGGUACCGGAGAGAGAACGGUCUGAACGCUUCUAUUCACUCUCUCCCUGAAGCAGUGCCCCCUGCUGGUGGGCGGGACAACAACAGCCUGGCUCCCUCCAGAAAGAAGAAUGCAGCUGGAGAUCAAGGGAAAGAAAAAGGAGGUGGAGGCAAGAGGAAGAAGAGGGACUACGUGCCCCAGAAGAGGUCUGGGGGAUACGCCGUCCUGCUCACCCUCUACAGACAGAUCCCAGGAAGCAAAGGUUACAUGUUUAAGAUGGAGCUACAAGCAGAGGCUCAGCUCCUCUGUGACAAGUCUUUCACUGUUCCAGAUUUAGGCAGCAAGUACACGGCCUGGUCUUCAGUGAGCACUCUGGUUAAGAAGAACUUUGUCAUGAAGACCCACAACCCUGCAAGGUAUUCUCUGACAGAAGAGGGUCUGGCUCUGGCGGAGCGACUGGAGUCGGCGGAACGAGACGAUGAGGACGAUGAGGACGGGGAGGACGGGGAGGAGGCUAGCAGGGAAGGGGAGGUGGACCAGGAGGGAGGGGACGGCGGGCCCGGGCUCGUGGACCUCACUGCGAGCGAUGAGGACGAAGAAGAAGAAGACGACAUACACCCGGCAGAGAGGCCGCCGGGCGCCGCCCAGCAGAGGAGGGAGGACGAAGGGGUGAAACCUCCGAAUUCACAGGCGGCGAGCGCGAAGCGGAGCGCGGCGCGUCUCCUGCCCGGAGCCUACGACAUCAUACUCUGCGUGGACUUCAUUGAGACCACCGGCGGCGGCAGCGGCGGCCACCGCAAGCAGGAGCUGGCCAAAGAGCUCCAGAGGAACGGAGUGAAGUUCGAUGUCCGGAAGCUAAACGUCGGAGACUUCCUGUGGGUUGCUCGGGAAAAGGUCGCACCGGUUCCAGGUCAGCUGCGCGCCCCGACAGGCAGGGAGCUCGUCCUCGAUUACAUCAUCGAGAGGAAGAGGAUGGACGACCUGUGCGGGAGCAUCAUCGACGGACGCUUCAGGGAGCAGAAGUUCCGGCUGAAGAGGUGUGGUCUUCGGAGGCCCUGCUACCUGGUGGAGGAGUGCGGCUCGGCCGCCUCCCACCUGAGUUUACCUGAAGCCACGCUGCAGCAGGCCAUCGUCAACACACAGGUCGUCGAUGGCUUCUUUGUGAAGAGAGUCCAGGAUGUGAGGGAGUCAGCAGCCUACCUCACCGUCAUGACGAGAUACCUGAUUAAACUGUACCAGAACUGUACGCUGAUCUGUCGCUCCAGAGAGCUGGAGGGGGACGGAGCGAGUGAUGAGGAGAGAGGGAGCCCCUCCUGCUCCCUCAUCUCCUUUACGGAGUUCAACUACGGCGCGAUCAAAAACAAGUGUCAGACAGUGAGAGAAGUGUUUGCCAGACAGUUGAUGCAAGUCAGCGGUUUGUCUGGAGACAAGGCCGCUGCUGUCCUGGAGCACUACAGCACUCCACACAGUCUUCUCACAGCCUACGAACGAUGUGCGAGUGAAGCCCAGAAGGAGAAACUCCUCUCCUCCAUCCGAUAUGGGAAGCUCAAAAGGAACCUCGGUCCGGCUCUGAGCAGAACCGUCUACCAGCUCUACUGCACUCAAGGAGCGCUGUCCUAGAAGAACACACUUUAACUAUGAUGUAAAUACAAAGACGCUGCUCUAUUUUCAUUACUGUAGCAUAAUGCUGUUUAAAUGUGUCCUCGUGCUGCAUCGAUACAAUGUAUCCUUAUGAAUGUGUCCUCGUGCUGCAUCGAUACAAUGUAUCCUUAUGAAUGUGAAAGCAACAUUGUGUCAGCUCUAGUCCAGAACUACGGUGGCCUUUAAAGGACACCUUUAAAAUAAAACGUGAAAGUUCUGGACUCCUGUAGAAACGUGAAGGGGACCCGUCGCUCUAUUUGUGUAAAUAAUGAGCUUGUUCUAAAGUAACAAUUGGUUGUUUUAGGUGAUUAACGCAAUAAAUAUAUUUUUUGCACUAAUAAAUUUGGCCUUUUACCAUCUUUUUGUGGCAAAUUAUGCACUGAAGUAUAAAGUUGCAUGAAAUGGAAUAUUGAAGAAGUACAAGUAUCUCGAAUGUGUAUUUUUAGUACUGCAUUGAAUUAACAUAUUGAACAUUGAUUUGACUAAAGCGGAAUUAUUUUUCCCUCUGAAUCGUUUCAUCAACUCAACAAAAUGACGACAUGCUGUUUUUUUUUUUUCUUAGUUUAAUUCUAAAAUAAAUAUUUAGACAAACAGUGGAGAUAUCUGGUGAUAACUCUGAUUCCACCAGAAGAAAAAACAGCUUUACUUUCAGCAUCAAGGGAGAGUGUAAUGAGUAAAUCAGGCCAAUUUUAUGGCAAAAUAAGCCGUGUAGAAAAACAGACAGCAGCACGAUAGAUGCUCCAGCAAUCAGGUGUUUGAAUAAAAAUAAACAUGUUUUAGCUUCUUUUGGAGUAAAUUGAUUAAAUCUGUCAAUGUGCACACUACAGGGGAUCUCCUCUCCUCUCGUAUGAGCCCAGUGAAGCCGAUGUGUAUAGAAUUUGGAAAUGCUUGUGGCUUGUGUGCAUUAAAAAUACAUUUACAUUUUUCUAAGAUAUGCUCACGACGUGAAGUCGGGCGGUACGGUAUUCACAAACGUAACGUUUGGAUAAUCACUUCAUAAAAACAAGAAAAGUAUAUUGAGAAUCUUAAAUUUGUGGUAUUCAAUUUAAGAAUGUCUCGUAUGUUUAAUUAAAAAAAAAGGAAAAAAAAGUGGAUGAUUGUUUCCUUUUGUUGUUUUUUUGUACAGCUCAAACUUUCCACCAUGGUCCCCCCGACGUGACAACUUAUGCUAUUUACAACAACAACAACAAACACCUGACAAGUGAGACGGGACUCAAAGGUGUCGGUCGCAUCGCUCCGUCAGCGCUCCACCUCUCCAUGCAGAUCUCCUCCCGAACCCUUUAACCUCCACCGCCCUCGUUUUUCUCCAACUGUUCCGGUUAAAUGUGAGUUCAUUGUUCCAGCUGGAGUCUCCAUUGGCUCCCAUCCUGACCAUCCAGCUCUUCUGAUUUGUCUCAGCGGUCGCGUCAACCUAAAUAAUUUUAGAUCGGAGACACUUGUGUUCAGGGUUUCAACCCCCCCCCCCCCC